AUGUCACCAUUGAACGCGAGUAAUAUCACCACAACCAGCUCAGUAUUGAACGCGAACAAUUUCACCACAAUCAGCUCAGUAUUGAAAGCGAACAAUUUCACCACAACCAGCUCAGUAUUGAACGCGAGCAAUGUCACCAUAACCAGCUCAGUAUUGAACACGAGCAAUUUCACCACAACCAACUCAGUAUUGAACGCGAACAAUUUCACCACAACCAGCUCAGUAUUGAACGCGAGCAAUGUCACAACAACCAACUCAGUAUUGAACGCGAACAAUUUCACCACAACCAGCUCAGUACUGAACGCUACCAAUGUCACCACAACCAACUCAGUAUUGAACGCUACCAAUGUCACCACAACCAUCCCAGUAUUGAACGCGGGCAAUUUCACCACAACCAACUCAGCAUUGACUGCUAGCAAUGUCACCACAACCAACUCAGUAUUGAACGCGGGCAAUGUCACCACAACCAGCUCAGCAUUGAAUGCUAGAAAUGUCACCACAACCAGUUCAGUAUUGAACGCUAGAAAUGUCACCACAAUCAGCUCAGUAUUGAACGCUAGCAAUGCCACCACAACCAGCUCAGUAUUGAACGCUAGAAAUGUCACCACAACCAGCUCAGUGUUGAACGCUAGCAAUGUCACAACAACCAACUCAGUAUUGAACACGAGCAAUGUCAUCACAACCAGCUCAGUAUUAAACGCUAGCAAUGCCACCACAACCAACUCAGUAUUGAACGCUAGCAAUUUCACCACAAACGCGAGAAAUUUCACCACAAACACGAGCAAAUUCACCACAACCAGCUCAGAAUGGAACGCGAGCAAUUUCACCACAACCAAGUCAGUAUUGAACGCUAGCAAUGCCACCACAACCAACUCAGUAUUGAAUGCUAGCAAUGUCACCACAACCAACUCAGUAUUGAACGCUAGUAAUGUCACCACAACCAACUCAGUAUUGACUGCUAGCAAUGUCACCACAACCAACUCAGUAUUGAACGCUAGCAAUGUCACCACAACCAACUCAGUAUUGAAUGCUAGCAAUGUCACCACAACCAGCUCAGUAUUGAACGCUAGCAAUGUCACCACAACCAACUCAGUAUUGAACGCUAGCAAUGUCACCACAACCAACUCAGUAUUGAACGCGAGCAAUUUCACCACAAACGCGAGCAAGUUUACCACAACCAGCUCAGUAUUGAACGCGAGCAAGUUUACCACAACCAGCUCAGUAUUGAACGCGAGCAAUUUCACCACAGCAUCUCAGUAUUGA